AUGCAGCAACAGCGUGGCAAUACCUUCUUGGAAGAUCUUGGACUGAACUUGCUGGAUAACACGGAGCAGCAACUCAUUGCGCGGCGAGUCGUAAUAGUGGGGGAUGCUCUCAGUGGCAAAAGAGCAUUUGCCAGUCGUCUUUUUGCCGCCGCAGCACAACAAUUUCCAUCUUCCUCCAUGUCCACAUCGUCGUCACAGACAUAUGCCGCCAACAGCAGCAACAGUAGUGCUGGCGGCGGCAGCUGCUCUUUCCCAGUAUUGUCAUCAACAGGAGCAGCAGAAGCAGCAGGAACCAUGGGUACGGAAGGCACCAACUCGUCACGGUAUUUCCCGCAAUUUCCCCAUGGUGCAGGCGUUACCCAGGCAUUUAUUCUGCAGCGUAUCCCUGCAACUCACACUGCCUUUCUUCCCACAGCAGAAGAUGGGUUGAGUAGCGGUGGUCUAUACAGCAGUGGCAGUGGAAUCAGCGGCUCUGCUGUUCUACCGGGCGGCGUACGACGUGCAAUGACCGAAUUUUUUUGCUGUGAAACACCUGGAGCUUUGGCAAUGGCAUUACCAACAGUAGAGACGCUAGAGACCAGUGUGGUGCUACUGGUGGUGGACACCAGUGUGCCAUGGCGUCUGCAGGAUCAAAUGCGGCGGUGGUAUGGAUACUUGAACACGCAUAUUAUGCAGACGCUAAGGGUGGAUCUGCCAAAACAGGACGAGGUACGACGGAUGCGUAUGAUUGAGCAACAACAACUUUUCUGGCAGGCGCAGCAGCAAGAGCUGGCAUCAAUGCGACGUCGGUGGUGUGAACGGGAGGCAAUUCAUGUGGGACAGACCAGUAACGACAAGAACAGCAACGACAACUACUACUCCCUAUCCGUGCUGCAGGUGCCAAAAGGGGGCGUUUCGCCUCUUCGCACCAUCCUUCUCUGCACAAAGACGGACCAAUUAGAGAAAUUCUCGCGGGAGGUAGAGAAAUUGUGUCAUCAAAGUUCCUUUUCUGCUGAAGCGCGUACGGUGACUUCUCUGGAGAACGUGAACAUAGGCGUGGAGCCAUGGGUCUCCCAUGCUUUGCUCUCGUCAUUGCGCACAAGCGGUUUGACACUCCUUGAACUUGUGGGACAGCUGUUACGGAGGGAAGCUAUUGCGCGUCAGAGUGCUCUCGUCGCUGCGAGUAGCCGUGUGAACACGAUAGCCACCUCUUCUUUAUCGUCAUCACAGCAAACAACAAACAUGGCACCAACAACAACCACUGUGUCAGGGGGAGCAUUAGCCCCAUUGGCGGUUGCAGCAGCAGCAGCAGCACCGGUAGCUUUUGGCGACAGAUCAAAUGAUGAGACCGGCCCUCUUGGAUUACUUACGAAUAGCCAUAGUGUAUUUGUUCACCCCUUCUACAAAAAUCUCUGGUUGUACAUCUUUCAAUUGCUCUAUGAUCCUCCUACGACACUUGCUAACAACAUCGUACCGAAUGACAUUCUGGGCGCGCGCGACCAUGAUGAUGAUGGUGGUAGUGGUGUCUAUAUGGCGGCAGCUUUACAAGGUCCAGAAGUGUCGUCAGGGCUGAGAAGUGAAUGGGGAUCGCUUUGGAACUCUCUCUUGGAUGAGAUGGAAACGCAGGUGUCAUCGCGAUUCCAUCCACACGCCUUUCUACCACAUGGCAUGGAUCACUUGGAGUUGCUUAGCCCCUUUGUCACAUCUACGGACGCCGUCACACUGGAGUCGGUGUUUCCCAGUGGUACUGACGAGUCAAAAGAGGCCGACUGGGGUGUACUACGUCUGCAUGACGAAUAUAUACAAGAAGUUGAAAAAGUGCUCGCUACUGCUGGACCCAAUGAGGAAGCGAUGAUUUGGGACAAACUGUAG